UGGGUUAAGUUACAUGUAUGGAGGAUAUUCUUUUCUUUAUAGCCCCUCCAAUCUCAGUUGACAGGCGUGCCCAUAUCAGCAGAGCACAUCACCUUUUUCAUAACACAAAACACCAUGAAUUCUUCCCUCUGACACAUAAAUCACAAACAACUUCGACUUCUGUGACUGCUGGAUGAGUGAAGAGAGAAGAAGCUGAAUCCAGAAGGAAAUAAGCUAUUCUGAUCUGGGCAAACUGGAGAAGCUUCUCCCUCAGUCGUUCAAUUCAAUUGGGAUGAGGAGAGCAGAAGGAGCUGGUGGUGCCAUCAUUGUGUUGGCCUUCUUGUGGCUUUGGGCUUCCGCAGAUGGGCUGCUCUCUCCCAAAGGUGUGAACUUUGAAGUGCAAGCUCUGAUGCACAUAAAGGCUUCCUUAAACGAUCCCCACAAUGUGCUGGAGAAUUGGGAUGGUGACUCUGUUGAUCCCUGCAGUUGGACUAUGGUCACAUGCUCUCCUGACAGCUUUGUCAUUGGCCUGGGAACUCCAAGCCAGAACUUGUCUGGGACUCUGUCUCCAAGCAUAGGCAACCUGACAAAUCUUCAGAUAGUGCUCUUACAGAACAACAACAUCACGGGUCCGAUUCCCAGGGAGCUUGGGAGGCUGUCGAAGCUCCAGACGCUCGAUCUCUCCAACAACAUCUUCACCGGCGAAAUUCCGGAUUCUCUGGGCCACCUUAAGAGCCUUCAGUACAUGAGACUGAACAACAAUAGUCUUUCCGGGGCGUUCCCGAACUCCUUGGCCAAUAUGACUCAGCUUGCAUUUCUUGACUUGUCUUACAAUAACUUGAGUGGCCCAGUCCCAAGAAUACUUGCCAGAACAUUCAACAUCAUAGGAAACCCUCAGAUAUGUGCAACAGGAACCGAGCCGGACUGCUCAGGGACACAACUCAUGCCCAUGUCCAUGACCUUGAAUGCUUCACAGACAGCUCUCCCAUCUAGCAGAACCGGAAAUCACAGAGUCGCAUUCGCUUUGGCUUCAAGCAUUGGGUGCAUCUGUUUGGUCAUUCUUGGUUUUGGAGUCAUCCUAUGGUUAAGACAGAGGCGGAACCAACCCAUUUUCUUCGACGUUAAAGACCGCCAUCAUGAGGAAGCACAUCUGGGAAACUUAAGGCAGUUUCACUUCCGGGAACUUCAGAUAGCGACCAACAACUUCAGCAGCAAGAACAUCCUUGGGAAGGGCGGUUUUGGGAAUGUCUACAAAGGUGUCCUUCCAGACGGCACGGGUGUAGCGGUUAAGAGGCUUAAAGACGGUAAUGCAGUUGGAGGAGAGAUCCAGUUCCAAACCGAGAUCGAGAUGAUCAGCCUUGCAGUUCACCGGAACUUACUGAGGCUCUAUGGAUUCUGCAUAACGCCCUCAGACAAGCUCCUUGUCUACCCUUUCAUGUCCAAUGGCAGCGUCGCUUCCCGACUCAAAGGAAAGCCGGUUCUGGACUGGGGCACAAGGAAGAGGAUUGCCCUAGGAGCGGGCCGUGGACUUCUGUACCUCCACGAACAAUGCGACCCAAAGAUUAUUCACCGAGAUGUUAAGGCAGCUAAUAUACUUCUCGAUGACUAUUGUGAGGCUGUGGUAGGAGAUUUUGGGCUCGCGAAGCUCUUAGAUCACCAAGACUCGCAUGUCACUACAGCUGUUCGGGGCACUGUGGGGCAUAUAGCCCCUGAAUAUCUCUCUACAGGCCAGUCUUCCGAGAAGACAGACGUGUUCGGUUUCGGGAUUCUUUUACUUGAGUUGAUCACAGGACAGAGAGCAUUAGAGUUUGGCAAGGCAGCUAAUCAGAAAGGAGCAAUGCUUGAUUGGGUGAAGAAGAUCCAUCAAGAGAAGAAGCUCGAACUCCUCGUGGACAAGGAUCUUAAGAGCAACUAUGACCAUAUCGAGCUCGAGGAAAUAGUCCAGGUGGCUCUCCUAUGCACCCAGUAUCUUCCUGCUCACCGGCCCAAAAUGUCCGAAGUGGUUCGGAUGCUCGAGGGAGACGGGCUCGCUGAAAGAUGGGAAGCCUCUCAAAGGGUCGAGUCGACCAACAAGUGCAAGCCCCACGAGUUCUCCUCAUCCGACCGGUACUCCGAUCUGACGGAUGACUCUUCUCUGCUAGUCCAGGCAAUGGAGCUGUCGGGUCCAAGGUGAAAAAGUUUUGCUGACCGAAAACCAAAGAACGGUCGUCUGCGGUUAACAAUGUAUAGAUGUUGGUAUUAAGGCAUAGCUUGAUUUGAGUGAGUGUGCUAUUGAAACAGAGGAUUUACACUUAGGAGGGUAGAAAACACUGGAAAAUCUUUACCAUAAGGCCAAAUUCCUGAUGUAAUAUUGUAGUAUUUAGAUCUUCUUUCUCAUUGGCAAAUGUAUAAAUUUUUCCUUGUAAAAAAGGACCUUAUCUUCUCUUGCUUGUUCUUCUUUAUGGGGCAAAUAUAUCAAUGUA